CUAGAAAACACUGGAGAAGAAAAAAACCGCUGCUCGCCUGAACAGCUUUAGUCCCUCGAUUUAUAAAAAUAAAAGCAGGUUAUUGUGUUUGGCUCUGAGGAUUUAAAACCCUGAGCUGUGUGAAGACAUGAACACAGAGACAUCCAAAGAUGGAGGGACGUCAGAAGUCUGUGUGAAGAAAGAGGAGACGCUGGAGCUAAACAUCUCCAACCAUGGAGACAACCUCGACAACCCACCUGAACGUCUUUGCAUUAACAUGGAAGAUCAUGACAAUAAAGACUACCUCUACUGUGAAGUUUGCAAAUCCUUCUUCUUCAACAAAUGUGAGGUUCAUGGACUGCCCCUCUUCAUCUCAGAUACUCCUGUUCCCAUGGGAGUCUCUGACCGAGCCAGACAAACUCUUCCUCCUGGGCUAGAAAUCAAGAAGUCCAGUAUUCCUGACGCAGGCCUGGGAGUGUUUAAUAAGGGGGAGACGAUUCCAGUAGGUGCACACUUUGGACCCUACCAGGGAGAGCUGGUAAACCGAGAGGAAGCCAGGAAAAGUGGAGACUCCUGGGUUAUAUACAGGAGCAUGCAGUGUGAAAAAUACAUCGACACCAAAAGAGAGAUGCAUGUGAAUUGGAUGAGGUAUGUGAAUUGUGCCCAUAAUAAUAAAGAACAGAAUCUUGUGGCAUUUCAGUAUCGAAGGAGAAUUCUGUAUCGUUGCUGUCGACCCAUUAAGCCAGGACAGGAGCUCUUGGUGUGGUAUGAAGAGGAGUGCACCAAAGAACUCAGUCCUACACCUACAGGAACAACCAGACAGAAAGAAGUAAAGAACACUUUGCUGCAAGUCUUUUCCUGCUCCACAUGUCCUCGUUCCUGUGCAUCUCAAAUUUACCUUGACCAGUGCAUCCAGAGAUGCCACAAUGAAGAGUCUGUGAGACUUCAGGAAUCAAGAGAGAUUAAAUAUGAACUUCAAAUCCCCUCCGAAUGCUCCAGUAGUCAGCCAACAUCAACUGAUACUCUCAGUUCUGACACUUCUCAUGAUGUAGAGAAGGAAAUUCACCACAGCUCAGACUGUGGAAAGAGUUUUGGUCAUCAGAAUGCACUCAAAUGGAACCAGUGCAGUCACAAAGGAGUAAAGCCACAUGACUGUUCACAGUGUGGGAAGAAUUUUAUUGAACAGAGUGCUUUCCAACGAUACCAGCACAUUAACACAGGAGAGAAGCCAUAUCACUGCUCACAGUGUAGAAAGAGUUUUAUUCAUCAGAGUACUCUCCAAAAACACCAGCGCAUUCACACAGGAGAGAAGCCGUAUAACUGCUCACAGUGUGGAAAGAGUUUUACUCAGCAGAGUCAUCUCCAAAAACACCAGCGCAUUCACACAGGAGAGAAGCCGCAUCACUGCUUACAGUGUGGAAAGAGUUUUACUCGUCAGAAUGAUCUCCAAAUACACCAGCGCAUUCACACAGGAGAGAAGCCGUAUCACUGCUCACAGUGUGGAAAGAGUUUUACUCAGCAGAGUCAUCUCCAAACACACCAACGCAUUCACACAGGAGAGAAGCCGCAUCACUGUUCACAGUGUGGGAAGAGUUUUAAUCAGCAGAGCCAUCUCCAGCAACACCAGCGCAUUCACACAGGAGUGAAGCCGUAUCACUGCUCACAGUGUGGAAAAAGUUUUACUCUUCAGAGUAAUCUCCAAACACACCAGCUCAUUCACACAGGAGAGAAGCCGUAUCACUGCUCACAGUGUGGGAAGAGUUUUACUCGUCAGAGUGCUCUCCAAAAACACCAGCGUAUUCACACAGGAGAGAAGCCGUAUCACUGCUCACAGUGUGGAAAGAGUUUUACUCAGCAGAGUCAUCUCCAAACACACCAGCGCAUUCACACAGGAGAGAAGCCGCAUCACUGCUCACAGUGUGGUAAGAGUUUUACUCAGCAGAGCCAUCUCCAACAACACCAGCUCAUUCACACAGGAGUGAAGCCGUAUCACUGCUCACAGUGUGGAAAAAGUUUUAUUCUUCAGAGUAAUCUCCACAAACACCAGCGCAUUCACACAGGAGAGAAGCCGUAUUACUGCUCACAGUGUGGAAAGAGUUUUACUCAUGAUACUACUCUCAAAACACACCAGCGCAUUCACACAGGAGAGAAACCAUUUCACUGCUCACGGUGCGGAAAGAGUUUUACUCAUCAGAGUGAUCUCCAAAAACACCAGCGCAUUCACACAGGAGAGAAGCCGUAUCACUGCUUACAGUGUGGGAAGAGUUUUACUCAUCAGAGUGCUCUCCAACAACACCAGCGCAUUCACACAGGAGAGAAGCCAUGUGAGUGUGAACGGUGUGGAAAGAGUUUUACUCUUCAAAUUUAUCUCCAAAAACACCAGCACAUUCACACAGGAGAGAAGCCGCAUCACUGCUCACAAUGUGGAAAAAGUUUUUUGCGUAAGAGUGCUCUCCAAAACCACCAGCGCAUUCACACAGGAGAGAAGCCGCAUCACUGUUCACAGUGUGGAAAGAGUUUUACUCAGCAGAGUCAUCUCCAAAAACACCAGCGCAUUCACACAGGAGAGAAGCCGCAUUACUGCUUACAGUGUGGGAAGAGUUUUACUCAUGAUACUACUCUCAAAACACACCAGCGCAUUCACACAGGAGAGAAGCCGUAUCACUGCUCACAGUGUGGAAAGAGUUUUACUCAUGAUACUACUCUCAAAACACACCAGCGCAUUCACACAGGAGAGAAGCCGUUUCACUGCUCAUGGUGUGGGAAGAGUUUUACUCAUCAGAGUGAUCUCCAAACACACCAGCGCAUUCACACAGGAGAGAAGCCGUAUCACUGCUCACAGUGUGGGAAGAGUUUUACUCAUCAGAGUGCUCUCCAAACACACCAGCGCAUUCACACAGGAGAGAAGCCGUAUCACUGCUCACAGUGUGGAAAGAGUUUUACUCAUCAGAGUGCUCUCCAAACACACCAGCGCAUUCACACAGGAGAGAAGCCGUAUCACUGCUCACAGUGUGGAAAGAGUUUUACUCAGCAUAGUGCUCUCCAAACACAUCAGCGCAUUCACACAGGAGAGAAACCAUUUCACUGCUCACGGUGCGGAAAGAGUUUUACUCAGCAGAGUAAUCUCCAAACACAUCAGCGCAUUCACACAGGAGUGAAGCCGUAUCACUGCUCACAGUGUGGAAAGAGUUUUACUCAGCAGAGUGCUCUCCAAACACACCAGCGCAUUCACACAGGAGAGAAGCCGUAUCACUGCUCACAGUGUGGGAAGAGUUUUACUUAUUCAGUUACAUUUAAAGCCCACAAGUGCAAUAACUCCGAGACAUUGCAUGAUUUAAAGUUGUCAAAUUAAAUGUUUUUUUAUUCAUGCUUUUGCUGAAAAUGUCCUGUACUUUGAUCCUAAUUGUUCGUAUUAA